GCGACGGAUUGUGUGGGUUUACGUGACUGGAUUUCCAGCCCUUGUCUUCUCAAGAGUUGGGGUUGGCGUAUGGAGGUCAUCUAGUAGUUCCCCAGCCGGCAGGCAGCAGCGGUCCGGGAAGAGCCCUUCGUUCCUGGGCGAACCAAGGACGGCUUUGUGUCUGUCGCCAAAAUGAGCACUCACCCUUCUCCUUUUGACCCUGAACGUCGAGUCCGGAGCAUGUUGAAGAAGGUCUUUGGGUUUGACUCUUUUAAGACGCCUCUACAGGAGAGUGCAACUAUGGCUGUGGUGAGAGGUAACAAGGAUGUCUUUGUGUGCAUGCCCACAGGGGCAGGAAAAUCCCUCUGCUAUCAGCUCCCUGCUCUGAUGGCCAAAGGCAUCACCAUUGUAGUCUCUCCACUCAUUGCUUUAAUUCAGGACCAAGUGGACCACUUGCUGGCCCUGAAGGUACAAGUGAGUUCCCUGAACUCGAAGCUCUCAGUACAGGAGAAGAAGGACCUGCUCUCUGACCUGGAGCAAGAAAAGCCCCGGACCAAACUUCUGUACAUCACACCAGAAAUGGCAGCUUCAGCUUCCUUCCAGCCCACCUUGAACUCCCUGGUGUCCCGCCACCUGCUCUCCUACCUGGUGGUAGAUGAAGCUCAUUGUGUUUCCCAGUGGGGGCACGACUUCCGGCCUGAUUACUUGCGUCUGGGUACCCUGCGCUCCCGCCUGGCACAUGCCCCGUGUGUGGCUCUGACCGCCACAGCCACCUUGCAGGUCCAGGAGGAUGUGUUCGCUGCCCUGCACCUAAAGCAGCCAGUUGCCACCUUUAAGACUCCCUGCUUCAGGGCCAACCUCUUCUAUGAUGUGCAGUUCAAGGAACUUCUUUCUGAUCCCUUUGGGGACCUGAGCGACUUCUGCCGUAAGGCCCUUGGACAGAAGGCCGACAAAGGGUUGUCUGGCUGCGGCAUUGUCUACUGCAGGACCAGAGAGGCUUGUGAACAGCUGGCGAUAGAGCUCAGUUACAGGGGGGUGAGCGCCAAGGCUUACCAUGCAGGGCUGAAGGCUUCUGAAAGAACACUGGUGCAGAACGAGUGGAUGGAGGAGAAGGUCCGUGUAAUUGUUGCAACUGUUAGUUUUGGGAUGGGAGUGGACAAAGCCAACGUCAGGUUUGUCGCCCACUGGAAUAUUGCCAAGUCUAUGGCUGGGUACUACCAAGAGUCUGGCCGGGCGGGCAGGGAUGGGGAGCCCUCCUGGUGCCGCCUCUACUACUCCAGAAAUGACCGGGACCAAGUCAGCUUCCUGAUCAGGAAGGAAGUUGCAAAACUCCAGGAAAAGAGAGGGAACAAAGCAUCUGCUAAAGCAGCUGUGCUGGCCUUUGAGGCUCUGGUGACCUUCUGUGAAGAACUGGGGUGCCGCCAUGCUGCCAUUGCGAAGUACUUUGGGGAUGCGCCCCCCACCUGCACCAAAGGCUGUGACCACUGCCAGAACCCAGCGGCCGUGCGGAAGCAGCUGGACACCUUGGAGCACGAAAGCAGCUGGAGCAGGACCUGCAUUAGGCCCUCCCAGGGGAACGGCUUUGACCCUGAGCUGUAUGAGGGAGGCCGCAGGGGCUAUGGGGGCUUCAGCAGGUACGACGAAGGUUCUGGUGGCAGCGGGGACGAGGGCAGAGACGAGGCCCACAAGCGGGAGUGGAAUCUCUUCUACCAGAAGCAGAUGAGUCUACGCAAGGGCAAAGAACCCAAGAUAGAAGAAUUUGUACCCCCAGAUGAGGACUGUCCCCUGAAAGAAGCUUCUAGCAGGAAGAUCCCCAGGCUCACUGUGAAGGCCCGUGAGCACUGCCUAGGGCUUCUGGAAGAGGCUCUGAGCGGUAACCAUCAGGCCACGGGUACCACCGACGGACCUGCCCUCCAGGCCAAGGCUGUGGAGCUGGAACACGAGAUGUUCCGAAACGCCAAGGCGGCCAACCUGUACAAGGCCGGCGUGCUGAAGAAGGUGGCUGAGAUUCACAGAGCGUCCAAGGAUGGGCAGCUGUAUGAAGGGGCGUACGGUGCCAAGAGCUGCAGCCCCCAGGCCCAGCCCCCAGAGCCCACAGAGUACGACAUCCGGCCAGCCUCCCAGGUGUACUCGCUCAAACCCAAGCGAGUGGGAGCUGGUUUCUCCAAAGGCUCCAGCCCAUUCCAGACGGCCACUGAGCUCAUGGAGAAGAUGGGGACUGAGGAGCAAGCCCCACAGCCUGUAUGGGCAGGCGAGCAGAAGCUCCCCAACCAGCCCUGUGGCCUCCAGGGCGAGGACAGGGGUGAGCCCCUGCCUGGGCCCAGAGGAGAGGCCCCUGGAAGCAGUGCUCACUGUGGGGUGUCCUCCCCUGAGGAGAAGGCAAAAGGUCCCUCUAGGGGAAGCCCCGUUGCCCAGGCCCGGGCCAAGAAGCAGCAGCAGCUCCUGGCCGCAGCGGCCCUCAAGGAUUCUCAGAGCAUCGCCCGCUUCUUCUGCCGAGGGGCUGAGCGCCCGCCUCCCCGCCUGUCAGCUGCCACAGAAAAGCACACGGGAGAGGUGGAUGUGUCCCUGGAUUCUUCGGCGGCUCCCCCUCAGACUGAGAAGUGCUCCAGGGAGGGGCUGAGGGCCUGCUCACUCCAAGACCAGGGGACCCCUGAGGGUCAGCCUACCCCCACAGAGGAGACACGGCAGGGCAAGCGACCCAGGCCCCCGCAGGAGAACCCCGAGAGCUGCGCGCAGAAGAGGCCUUGCUCUUCAGCCGAUGUCUCCAUCUUAGUCAAGGCCAAAGACAGUAGUAUCUCAGCCGGUGAUCAGGGCACCUGGGAACCCAUGGCUCAGAGCUCCUGCCAGCUCCCAGCUCCUGGCGUCUCCCUGAAGGAGGCUGCAAAUGUUGUGGUCAAGUGCCUGACCCCUUUCUAUAAGGAGGGCAGGUUUGCCUCCAAGGAAUUGUUCAAAGCCUUUGCCCGCCACCUCUCGCACUCCCUGACUCAGAAGAGCUCUCCUGGUGGGAGUGUGAAGGAAGAGGCCCAGAAUCUCAUCAAGCAGUUUUUCCAUGGCCGGGCUCGGUGCGAGAGUGAAGCUGACUGGCAUGGGCUGUGUGACCCCCAGAGGUGACGACUGCCACCCACCGGGGCCGCCAUCCUCCCUGGACUCUGCCGUGGGCCCCCCUGGGCCUUGCCCUGGCAUGGGGAAGGUGGACAGGCCUGCUGCCACCAGGCAUCAGCUUUUCUCAGGUCUUCACCCUGCCGGCCACACCUUGCUUUAGAGAUGGCUCUGGAUGCCUCCCAGAUCAAGGUCAGAGGCCAGAGGCCAGCCUGUCUUUCUCCUCCUUGCAAGGCCUGAGGUCUUCCUUCUCCUAGCCUCCCUGCCUCUCCUGGGCCUCAUGGCUGGGUUUUCUGGGCCAGGUCCCCAGAUUAGGAGGUGGCAGCAAGAAGGAACAGUCCCUCCACCUCUUGUACUUAACUAGCUGUAAACUGGGGGCGAGGCCUGCAUGUCCAAGGCACUGGGGUCUCUUCAGGAAUAGCCCCGCCAACCUUGGGUCUCCCGCCCACUACCCCUGUCCUUGUGAUGCCAGCCUUCAGCCUGGCCCACAUGCAGAGCUCGUGGGAAGGGGGGCAGCAGCCAGGUCCUGCUCCCUGCUCGGCUCCUGUAAGAAAGCCAGGCUGGAUGGAGACAUUUAUCAGAGGAAUAAAGCCCUGUUUGUACUGACA